AUGCAUGCUCGACAUCGUGUAACAACCCCUAGACAUCCUAUCCAUCAACCGCAUUUUUUGAAAGUGGUCUACGGAGUCCGCGCCCUGCACUCAGACGGCUGCCAAACAAAGCCCGCUUUUCGAAGGUUCGUGCCUUGUUUUACUGAGGUUUUGGCCCCGCGGCGAGCGGACCCCUCUGCUCUCAGUAAAAGGCCAUGGCGACUCUCCCAACGUCGUAUUCAUUCGCUUUCACUUGUUGUCUCUUUGAGAGUGGCUGCAAGAGUCGACGGCUACGCUCAAACCGUGUUUUUUUGGAGAUUUUGGCCGUUUUUUCUGAUAUCUUGGCCCCGCGGCGAGCGGAUUCCUUGGCUAUUAGGAAAAAGCCGUGGUGACUCUAUGCGUGCGCUCUCGGUCGUCGUCGUUUAUGGCGGCCACAAGGGGGAAAUCACGCCCUUUUUGGACCCCUCAGCUCUGAGUAAAGGGCCGUGGCAACUCUCCCAACGUCGAAUUCAUGCGCUUUCGCUCGUCAUCAUUCACAGUGACCCCACGAGUCUCCCCACCCAAUGUCGUAUGCACGCGCUCUUGCUCGUCGUCGUUUAUGGCGGCUGCAAGGGGUGCGUAGCACCCCGAACACUUGUAAAGCUGAUUGAGGGAGUUUUUUAA